AUGGUACAUAUUAAAACACCAAUUACGAUCACCCUCGGUAAACGUAAAUCACGCUGUAUAAUACGAAAACAAAAACAAAAAAACAUACGUGUAUGUAAUAAUACUAUAUUUAAUGUUGUUGGUGAACCCAAUACGGUUCUGUCCAAUGUACGAUUAGUUAUUGAAACAGCGAAAUCUGCGAAAAAUAUUUGGGACUUUGUGAAAGAUUUUCCACCUACUUUUGCUGAUUAUCUGGUAUCAAUAGUUUCAAAAUCACAUGAUGAUCAAGAUGAAGAAAAACAUACAAUAUCAAAUAUUCAUAGUUCAUAUGAUUUUGUUGUUGAUCUUACUCGACCUACAGAUAUUUUUCGAAGUCUUCACGCAUAUCCUGUUACAUUUCCACAAGGAAAAGAUUUUUACGAUAAUAAAAUUAAAGAAGAUGGCAACCAAAUAUCUCGUUUUGUAGUUAAUGUUGUAGGUCGUUACAAUGUUGGAAAGACAUAUAUUUUACGGAUGUUGGCUAAUAUUAAUCUGGGUCAUUCGUUCAUUGAACGUACGAAUGGAUUGAGUGUAUCGUUACCAUUUGUAUCUCAGACACAAGAUACGCCCCUAGCACUUAUUGAUACAGCUGGAACACGAACACCGGUCGAAUAUCAUGAUAAAACAUUUUUAGAAAAAUCAUACGAACGUCAAGUUAGUGAUUCUUUUAUUCAAGAGAUUGCUCUUAAUUCGGCUGAAAUUUUCGUGCUCGUAGUCAAUCAACUUACAUUAGAUGAUCAACUCUAUCUAAAAACACUUUAUAAAAGAUUAAAGGAUAAAGGUUUGAGUGAAAUCGACAUCAAACAGAAGCUUUUAAUUGUACAUAAUUAUUUCAAUUUACAUACAAUUGUCGAAGUUGAAGAGACUGAAAAAUCUGAACUUAUCAGAUUAUUUGGUGCACGAAAACAACCUCAAGGUUAUUGGCUUAGUGAAAAUUUCAAACAUUUUGUUAUUGCAAGUAGUGAUAGUGAAGCUGGUCAGAUAUAUAACGAUAGAGCCAUUGAACAAAUUAGAACUAUGAUUAAGGGAUCAAAUGCUGCUAAAAAUAAUGAUGUAUUAGAUACAAUUAUAAAACAAAUUGAAUUGUUAUUAGGUAAAGUUUUAGUUGAAGAAUUACCUGUAAUAAGUAAAGAUAAUGAUGAAAUAUUCAAUCACUCAAAUAUAUUUGCUAAAGCCUAUGAAUUUGCAACUUCUUUAUUUGCAUCAAGUCAUGAAAAUCGAUUAAAUGUAUCGAAUAAACAUAAUAUUACAGUUCAACUUCAACUUAAAGAUUUUCAAAUAAAUUCUUUCGAAACUUUAUGGUUUAUUUGUCCAAAACAAACACUUGCAAAUAAUAUAAAAUUUACCAAACAUUUAAAAUUUGCUGAUGAUGGUUCGAUUCAUAUUGAUUAUUCAUCUCAAUUUGUUCCUGAUGUACAUAUUUUUCGACUUAAAGAUAAUGGAAAUAUUCAAAUACGUAUUGAAUGUCCAUCAUGUGCAAAUUCAUAUAAUGUUAGUGCUCGUGGCACAUCAAUAUUAAUUCAAGGUGAAAAAAUGUUUGAAAAUAUUACUAUUGAUAAAGACUAUUUAAAUACAAAUCGUAUAGGAAAAUUUGAAAUCGAAGUACCCAUAGGAAAAUGGGAACCUAAUUCAGCUUAUGAUUUUCGAAAAAAUGCUAUUCAACAUAUUUAUGAAAAUGGAGUGAUUAUUAUUACAGUACCAAAUAUUUCUAAUGAACUUUAA